AUGAAAUAUUUUAGAGUGCCCGUGGUAUACGCGGUGAGCGACUUAGUGCUUGACAGGCUGACAGGCAGCAAAGAAGCAGAGAGAAUCUUGGAGAGCGCACUUACGAGACACUUCACAGAUAGAAAGUACGCUCAUGGAGACUUAUCGGAGGAGGUGGACAGAAUAAUCGAAGGAGAGCUGCUGAAGGAGCUGAGCCCCGCAGAUAGGAAAGAUAAAAAAGAGAAUAGCGAUGGUAACUUCAGAGAGAGCACGCCUCAAAGGAGCAGUGCGGUGGCUGAUUGUGCGGGCUUGCUGCCUACGGAUGAUUGCAGUUCUAAUGGUCUUUCCCGUACUUCUUCUGCUCUGUCGAACAUAAGUGUGCCAUCAAAUGAUUGCAGCUUAGCAGAUGCCAUAGGCUCUCUGGAAAUAGGGGUGGAGCGAAAAAGAAAAAAGAUGCAUUUAGUAAGAGAGAGUGUCCUUGAUGGAAUGCUGGAUAGGCUGUGGAUGAAAGUAGUGGAGUACUCUAUUGAUGGAAUCUCGCCUGUUCCUCUUUCCAUUGGCGUAGAGGGAGAGCACUGCGACAUUGCUCUUCCUUCUUUUUUCUCGCAGGAGAGUGUUCAAGCGCAGUGCAGGAAAGUAAUCGAUAAGACAGUGCGCAGCAAGGUAGAAACUGGGUUCUCUUUUUCGAGCCUUUGGUCCCUGGGCAAAGCCAUCAUCAGUGAUAAGAAAGUGCUGAUAGAGAGAGCAUUCUAUCUGGGGCUAAGCAACAACCCGGAGAAGAUGUUUGAUGUGGUUUCUGAGAUAAUAGGAAGCGACGAUAAACACCCGAUUCUCUCUGAGAUGAUGAUCAGACGAAUUGUAGAGACGGGUGGUGAAAUAGACAGCGAGUACUAUGUCCUGGAUAGCUCUGUGCCAUUCAUUAGCUCUCUUCGAUACGCUCUAAUUCUCUACAGGAAUAUAAAGCAUCUAUCACAGGAGGGAAGGAGUAAAGCUCUGUUUACGCUGGCAAGACAGUGCAUGCAAAUUGAGUGUGUGGAUGAGCCGGGUGUUCGGGUGCUGCUGAAUAUAAUGGCAAUUAACCUGCUGGAAGAGAUAGAAGAGGUAGAUAGCACACAGAUUAUGCUGCUGAUGGAUGCUGCAGGGAUCUUUGUCGAUAAAAACUGUGCGCACUCCAGUGAGAGCGAGCUCUUCAGGGGGUAUGCAAGGUGUGGAUUGCAUCUGUACUAUCUAGCUGAAAAGCUAACUGACACUCCUACAGUGCGAGAAGAGCUGUGCAGGAGAAUAGUGGAGGUAUCUACGAUCUUAAAAGAGCCAACUGAUGCAGUGGAUGAACUGGCUAAGGGAAGCAACUGGACUAAGCACCUGAUAGCCAUUCAAAGGUACCUUAGAGCUAUGGAUGAUCCAGAGAUAGUCAUAGCAGCAGGAGAUGAGGGAGCUGUCUGGGUUGAUAGAAGCAUAAAGACUCCACCUAGCAUUACUAUGAAGAGUAAUUGCAAAAAUGGCAGUGAUGUCAGUGCUGAAAAACUGGAAUUGCAGCUAGAUGCAGCUAGAAUAAAGUAUAUGGACAGAACAGUAGAGGAAAAAGACACGGUUUAUUCAGGAGAGCGGGUUGUGCUUACGGUGAAUAUCCCUGGGGAAAUACAGUGCAUAAAGAGUGUCUUGCUGGAGAUAGACGGGAAAUUGGUUAAAAUCAACAAGAAUGGAAAGGUAAGAAUGUCUCUGAAGAAUAGCACAGCCAAUAACGGUGAAAAACCUGAAGUUAGACGAGUAGCCGUUAGAAAGGUUGUAAUAAAGACAGCAAUUGCACACUUCAUCAUAAGGCUAAACAGGGAUAUUCUUGUGCUGCCUGAAAAGUACGUACAGCCCCAGGUCUACUACAGCAAAGAAGUAUCCCCGUAUGGAAUGAGCAAAAUAAUCACAGAGGGUCUUAUCUCCCGCACGGAUGACGUGCUAAUUACACACCCAGGGAGAACAGAAGGGUAUAAGAAUGUCAGAAGAAAGGUGUUUUGUGGCGUAGAUUGGAUGGGGCGCAGGAUACAAGUUGUGACAAACCACAAGUUCAUUGAUUGCAAACUUCCAAUUGUGUCGUACACAAUAAAGAAAAAUGCUGACAUAGUGUAUAAAGUCUCUGGAUAUCACAGGAAGGUAGAGGUAGUUAACGGAAUAAAGAAAAAAGACAGGAUAAGAGUGCUAAAUAGAAGAAUAGCCUCAGAAGACACGGAUGACAUAGUGUUCGAGGAGCAGCAGGAAGUAACAGAAAUAGAAAGAGGCAUUUACUCCCUAAUAACACAUGGCAAGUUAGAGAAAGAGUGCUCCCCAAUAGAGCAAGUCAUUCGAUACUAUUUCUACAAAAACAGCGGACUUACUAAGCUACUAAAGCCAUUUAAGCCCAUCGAUGGAGCCAAUCUCCUUGAGUCGCUUCCCAUCUACACGGGUUUGUCUCCCAUUCUAGUAAUACACAUGCGCAAUACUGUUUUAGCCGUUAAAAUUCCCCUGGAUAAAAGCUUGGAAAAACAGUACAGUCUCCUGGGUAAAUGGGAGGCCAUAAGCUCUCUUAGGAGCCAGUGUCUAUUUGAGUCCAAAGCGCUGCUGCUUGACCACCUGGUAACUGCGCUAUCAACUGGAAGUCCAGUUGGAAGAAGCGUCAAGAGAUGCGGUAAGGUGAGCAAUACGAGAUAUUGGCAUGUAAAUGAAGCAGUGGUGAGGGCAAGUAAGCUGAAAGACAAAAGCUGCAUAAUAUUCAUUCAAAACCACUCAGCACACUCGAGCAUUGUGGGGAUCAUAGGAAUGAAAAUAACAAAUGUCCGCCCGCUGGAAACAGUUUUGUACAGGAGCAGAAUGUCCAUGGACGGAAUGUCUAUAAAUAUUAAUAGGUUGUAG